CUGUGGCGUCACACCGAAGGAGAGUCGCACCGAAGUCCAGCCCGGGCCUAGGCACGGUGUCUCCGGGGUACGCAAGAUCCUGGUGAGCGGAGCCGGCACAAGGRCUCCCGGUGAGCUGCCGGUGGAGGCGGCUGGGGCAGGCGAUCCCCGGCGCGGGCACGGAUGAGCUCCCGCGGGCGGUCGGGAGUCACACGCUGGGCUGGAUCCAUGGCAAACAGAUGAGCCCUCUGCAGAGGGGAGGAACACUCUGUGGUCCCAGGUCAGGGAAACAUGUCCCGUCGGAAACAGACCACUCCUAACAAAGUUCACUCCUGCUGUGUGUCUGGAGGGCCCAGAAAUGCCGUGCAGUGCCCUGACGAGGAUAAUCGGAGASAGCAUCGGCUCCAAGAACGGGGUGAGCCAGCAGAAUGAGGAGUCAGGCUGAGACAUAGCAGACACGUUACUGGGACUUCUUCACAGGGACUGCAGUGGUUGGGAGGAGAGGAAUGAAAGGGACAGCAGGUAUGCAGCUUUUUACGCAGUUGCCUGCAGCUGGGGUCUGAUUUGGCAGGCUACGGGGCUGGGGUAGUGCCUUUUGGAUUUGCAUAAAUACGACUGUGAAUAUAUGACUGGACAAAUUUGAUGGGAGGAUGGUGCCUACUUCUUCCUUGCAUGGCCACUCCAUGUUCUCUUCUUUCUUGGACUCACUAGGGCAAGUGACAACUGCAGAUCUCCUCUCCCUGGCUUGCUUGGUGCCUCUUUCCAGGAUUACUUUCCAGGCUUGGCAUGGCCCUCGUUUCACCUUACUCUCACAACAUGGUUUGCUGUCCUCACCUAGCACAGAAUCACUUUGUUUGACAUGCAGAGCAACCAGCUAGGAGAUUGUAUGCUUACAAAUAGAAGUUGAUGUGGAAGGAAAUUCAAAAUAAUACUGAAACAGUGAUUAAACAAUGAUAAAAAUAAUGGUAAAAUGUAUUGCAAAAGUCUUACUGUGCAUGAUGGCCAGUCCUACAGUUUUAAUUUCCCCCUGCAGCACAUAAAUGUCUUUUAAGAAUUUAAUUUUGUUUUUCCAUGUGGUCCAUGAAAAGCAUAUCUGACAGUGCCAACAAACAACAGUAAUAGUGGAAUAUACUUGUUAAAAAAUGAAAUGCAGUUAGAUUGUUUCUGUGGAGAUACCUUAAUUGAUUCAAUUUGGUCUUUAUUUUCUCCCAGAGUCUGCAGUAUAAAAGUACGAAAACUCUCUAAGCAUUUCAUCUGUUUCUGCAUUCAUUUGUUACUGCACUGUUACCCUAUCAGUCAUGGACCACUUGCUGUCUUUGUGCUUAGCAAAAUUUGCUGCAGGUGUUAGCAUGCACUUUCUCUCCCUGCUGUCCACAAGCUGCUUUGCUUUCUAUUGCUUUCUAUUGCUUUCUAUUGCUUUCUAUUGCUGCAACUGAUGCUUUUUUUAGAACUCUGGAGAAGAGCUUUUGUUAGUCAGAUUAAUUCCUGCUUCUGAGCUCUAUUUAUCAUGGUUCCAGUAUCCCACUAAUGCUUUAUUUCCUUCCCUCUCCCUCUAACACACACAUGUUCUGUGCUCUUUGGUGUUCCUUGGAUUCUGCUGUCUAUAAUAUUCCCAGUUUAAUGGGAAAGCAUCUUGCAAGAAGUAGCACCCAGCGUUCACAACCAAGUAGAAAUGUUACUUGCAUCAAAUCCCUUGGUUCUGAAGGGCUCUGUGGACCACCAUUGUUAACCCUUUCAAUUGUGUUGUUUUUCAUUUCAGUAACCACUACAACAGUGUGGACAACCCAGAAUAGCCAUGGGGCAGGUGGAAUAGAUCCACAAUGGUGGAAAGACUUGCAAAUUUCAGGUCCAGGAACACAGAGAAGACCUACAUGAACAGGGACAUUUAAUUGAUGUACAAGGAGGGAAUAAACUGACUCAUCUCUGAGAGACCUUUCUAUUUAGGAAGGAAGGCAGGGGAAUGAUGCAGUUUCUUUGGAUUUUGUUUUGUGGAUUUUGGGGUGGGAGUUGUUCGUUUCUGUGUUUAUUUUCCAGAACACCUGAGAUUUAUCCUGCAUUCAUACAGUUCAAGAAGGGAAGGGGCUCAGGSCUGAUACCCUAGCAGACCCUAGCAGUCAUGCCUGUCCCUGUUGCACAGUACCACAGGGUCAUCCCCUACCUGCACCACUGCUCACUUGGCAKCCCACUCAUUCACAGGAGUAUGGAGAGGAGAAUGGAAUACAAAGCAGAGGCAUUUGUGUGAUCUCUCAUGUCCUACGUAUCUAGCUGUUUGUGAACGACUACAGUGACUUGUUUUGGUGUUGUGGUCAGCCUGCAGCCCUUUUUUGUACUUAAUAAAGAAACUUCUGGAGAAGAGUCUGUGAAUUCACUAUUGAGCAUAACACCCUUUACUUAUGGCARUUAUUCUAAAACUGUUGUCUAACUCCCCUUCUGUGGAAUGGAGGCAUACCCAAAGUGGGGUGGAGGUGGGCAUGUAAGUGYCUGUGAGCAUGUGUGCAGUAAUAUCAAAAGUAUAACCCAGGACCUGUCAAACAUUAAAACUAAAGUUUCGUCAAAGUAGGACUUAGUCCAUCAGUAGCUGAACAGGACACUCUUUUGUACACUGUUGUAAUACAUAAGAAAUUUUGUACAAGCAGAAAAUAGUAUUUUUAUAUGUUUGCUUUYCCCAGUCCCGUGAGGUUUUCAGAUACAGGCUGUGGAGGAUGCACAGGAUGUUGCCUGCUAACAAAACGGGUUUGAUUAACAGCUUGCAUUGCUGGCUGUAAGCUGAUUGUUCUCUGCACUGUGCUGAGUCAAUGCUCAGUGGGCUCCAGGGUGUUGAACAGAGAGGCUACAGGCACACACAAUGGCUUGCAGUUACUGUGAAUGAUGCCAGUGCUCCUUAUGKGAGAGGUUCCCUCCUCUGUCACCUCAGAUAAAGAUCCCAGGUCUUAAAUCCAGCAGACUGCAUGGUUUGUGUAGCUGAGCAGGAACUGCCCUCCCUUUGGACUCCGGCCUGCUGCUCAGUGGGAGUGUAAUCUGUCUGAAAGAGAAAAGAGGGAAGAAAACAAGCAUGUAGUUGCUUCUGUGAGCAGCUACAGUGGUGURUGGGAAUCUGGUUAGUCAAAGGUAGCAGCACAUCUCUCACCAUAGUUUUGCAUUUGUCCUGCGUUCUGCAGGUUUCCUCAUUUCACCAUGCUUUCUCUUGCAAUGCUUUUUUGGUCUAUGGGCUUUUAUCCUGCUUUGUGGGUAUCUGCUUCUUGGAGAGGCACAGGAAUUCUGUGGUGUCUGCUGCUCAUGCAGUCUGUAGCUUAGUCCCACCAAUGUGAGGCUGUGGUGCAGACAUAAAAACAGCGCUCCAGGUCAUGAAAGCCUUUCAGUGCUGGAAAGGGGUGUCACAGCAGUCAUGAUGAUACUUGCUGCUUUCAAUGGCAAAGAGACUUGGUGCUCCUCAGCAUCUCUCCUCAGAUGCAUGGAUUGUGUUCCCAAUUCUUCUCUACAGAGCCCUUUCUCACAUCUCUGAAAMAGAAUGAUUAAAGCCUUCAAAUGGUUUUGGAAACCUCCAUGGGGACAUUGGAAACUAAAUUCUUCUCCCACAAUCUUCCUGAAACUUCUGAAGGUCUUUGAAAUCUUCCAUAGAUUAUGUCUUUUUAAAGCCCUGCCGAAAUUGCAAGAUGAGCCCCAGGAAGGCAGUGUAAGUGGAAACGUGGAGCAAUGCUGGCAGGAACAGUUCAGCAUGUGGGAAUGUGCCUGUCCUUGUAACAGGACUGGUGCUCUCUGUCAGGAAUUCAAUUUCCUGGUUAUACUGGUGCCAGCUGUGGCCCUAUACUAAAAGGUAACAUUUUCUUCUGAAGGCUAUGUUUUGAUUUUAUGUGAAAAAUGCACUGCGUUUUCCUUGGCAUGUUCACAUUUGUGCUUUGAAUGGUUCUUGAGAACUUACAAAUCAGUUGAUAAAGGCAAUGCAUAAGCUGACCUGCUGGGAACUUCAGCACCUUUCUCAGGACUCCCGGCCCAUCCACUGGAAAAGGUAAAUCACAACUACACCUGGAACAAUGUAAUUUGUGUGCUUUAAUAUGAAAAUUAAUGACCUUUUAUUGUUAUUCUUGGGAACCAAAACUUCUUUGAGCAGGGAUUGAGAAGUGAGAAGUUUUCAUUCAAAGCACAAAUACCUACUUUUUUUCAAGGUAUUUGCCAUCUCCURUUGAGCUGAGGUACUAGUGUUUGCUGUUUUCAACAAAACAAAUCGAUUUGUCCUAAACCUGCAUCUCAGCUCUCUGGGUUCAUUCCCUUAGGUUUCUGUUUUGAGUGCAUGAAGUUCCAAUGAGAUUUUAUUUUAACAAGAGCCAUUYAUGGGUAAGGUAGUUUUCUAUCCAUCUUAUAUACAGGAGAACACUAGCUCUGAGCAUAGACACCUUCUGUAAGGGCAGCUUGUCCUCAUCCCUCCUGGUACAGAAGAAGGUGACAGAGCAUGCCAAGGACAACCCAUAAUUUUGAUAUCACUGUGGAGGGCAGGUGACGUACCAGGUAUUUAGGCAGAUGCUAUUUUUGUGUAAAAUGCCUGCUAUAGCAGGGAAUGAGACUYAGUAAUUUAGAAGAGCUAUACAGUGCUAUCCCUGCUCUGGGAUACUGUCAUAGUCCCCAGGGACAUCCCCCCAUCCAGAACUGUUCUGUAGGAUCCUGGUGGAUAGCUUGGCAGCAGCAAAAGCCACCUGGCUGUUUAUGGCAGAUAUAUGGGGUCACAGGUUUCUUGUGGCUGGAGUGGCAUAUAAGAAGGAUGCAGAGGGCAGCCCAAUGCUGCACAUUGCCACCAGUGAGACUGUUCUACACCCGGGCACUGGACUUACAUCAGCAAGUACCAGAGGCUAGUGUGGCAGGGUAGGCAAGCAAAGAAGUGACCUCAGUGCUUUCCAAGAGGUGACUCCAGAGGUUCUGCACAGUGCAGGUGAGCAGCCCCAUGCCUGUUGUAUUUUUGGCAAGCCUUGGUGGUGAAAGCAAUGGAACAGCACCAGUCUGACUCUUUGUCCUUGUGGCUGCCAGGGGAGCAAGUCUUUGCAGGGCUGGAGGAGCAAGCCCGCCAAGCCAUGAUGAAAAACAGCUUUCCUGGACCUCUUGGGGACCAAAGGUCAACAAUUCAUCCACUGCAAGACCCUGACUCCAGCAGCAGUGGCAGCGAUGAUGAGGAAACCACCCAGGAUGAAGUUUCUUCCCAUACAUCUGAGGAAGAUGGCACCAUGGUGAAAGUGAAGAAGGAAUUAGAAAAUGCAGAACGACCUGUGGCCGGAACUCCACUGACGAGAGAAAAUGAGGUGCCUGAGAGUUUGAAUGCUGAGCCCAUGCUGGGACUCUCACAGUGCCCGCUCUGCCAGCUGGAGUGUGGAAGCAGGGAUCAACUCAUUGCACAUGUGUACCAGCACACUGGAGCGGUGGUGAGUGCCAAGAGCUACCUGUGUCCUGUGUGCGGCAGAGCCCUCAGCUCCCCAGGAUCCCUCGGGAGACAUCUCCUGAUCCACUCAGAGGACCAGCUGUCCAACUGUGCAGUGUGUGGAGCACGCUUCACCAGCCAUGCCACCUUCAACAGUGACAAGUUGCCAGAGGUGCUCAGYGUGGAUCGGCUGCCAGCACCACAGAACCAGGGCCCCUCCAGCACCGAGGGCAAAGAUGUUGCCUUYUGCAGCCCCGUGUAUCCUGCGGGCAUCCUCCUGGUGUGCAACAACUGUGCUGCGUACCGUAAGCUGCUGGAGGCACAGAGCCCUGGCGUGCGCAGGUGGGCCCUGCGGCGGCAGAAGGAGCCGCUGGAGGUGCGGCUGCAGCGCCUGGAGCGGGAGCGCACGGCCAAGAAGAGCCGGCGGGACAACGAGACCCCCGAGGAGCGCGAGGUGAGGCGCAUGCGGGACCGGGAAGCCAAGCGGCUGCAGCGCAUGCAGGAGACAGAUGAGCAGCGAGCRCGGCGGCUGCAGCGGGACCGGGAAGCCAUGCGCCUGAAACGCGCCAACGAGACCCCCGAGAAGCGGCAGGCSCGGCUCAUCAGGGAGCGCGAGGCCAAGAGGCUCAAGCGGCGCCUGGAGAAGAUGGAUAUGAUGCUCCGGGCACAGUUUGGCCAGGAUCCCUCCGCCAUGGCCGCUUUGGCAGCCGAGAUGAACUUUUUUCAGCUGCCAGUGAGCAAUGUGGAGCUGGAGAGCCAGCUGCUGGGCAAAAUGACCUUUGAGGAGCAGAGCAACAGUGCAUUGCACUAAAUCCCAGCCGAGAACUGUUCCGCCUUUGCUACACCUGCCACAUGUGCAUUAGCAGGCUUCUGCACUCAGGAGGCUGCUGUGGCUCCCUGCCUGCCACUCCCUGACAGGCGCUUCUGGCUUUCCUCUGAACCCAGGAGGAGAMCAGAGCUGAGAGAUGCCUGCCAAAGUAGCUCUGGUGGGAGCACAUUCUGAGGAUAYGGUCUUCUCUGGGGGCCAAGUCACAGACUGUGACAGAAGGAAAAUAAAUUAAUGUUCAAAUGUA